AUGAGAGGUUUGUGGACUUCAGUUCCAAAGAAGAAGAUCAUGAGAGGUUUCUGGUCUUCAGUUCCAAAGAAGAAGAUCAUGAGAGGUUUGUGGAUUUCAGUUUCCAAAGGAGAAGCUCACGAGAAAUUUGGCAUUCAACGGAGAAUAAAUAAUUAUUUAUUUUUUCUUUAUUCUAUUGUUCUCUAUUUUUUAGGGCCACCGAGAUUAUUACCCCAAGCACGUGACACGCACAAAAUAGUACCAGAAGGCACCAAUGUCCACCUGCCGUGUCCUGUAGAUGGUGACCCAGAUAAUCUCUUCUUCCAAUGGUAUAAAGGAAAGGAGCAAUUAAGUAUGUUCGACACAGACAGGUUUCGAGUAACAUCCGGAGGAACCUUGAAGAUCAAAGAUACUGUUGCUGAUGACACGGGAUUGUAUGUUUGUCGUGUUGUUAAUGGUUUCGGCAUUGUCCAAUUCAACAUUUCUCUUAUUGUUCUAACGGAUCACGAUUAUGGAAGCGAAAUCAAUCGGGAUUCACAGGGAUCUCAACAGAAUAACUUGUAUCCUGAUGCGGAUGAUUUCGAUGUAUCUGGAAUUCCCUCUGGUAAACCGAGAUUUACUCAACUGACAACUUUUCAACAUCAAAUUAUACAUCGUCCAUUAGGGAGUUCCAUCAGACUUAAAUGUGGUGCCACGGCGGCGUCACGUCCCCAAAUCACGUGGCUUAAAAAUGGAAAACCGAUUCCUGACAUGCAGCAUGGAUCCUCUGGUAAAAGAGGAAAAUGGACCCUUUAUCUUCAAAACUUGCAAAUAUCUGAUAGUGGAAAUUACACGUGCAUCGUUUACAAUGCUUACGGUUCUAUUAACAACAGCUUUGUUCUCGAUGUUGUAGAUAGAGUACACAGUAAACCAGAAAUGACCGGAUCGCAUCCUCUUAACACAACUGUGGAGUAUGGAGGAACAGCUGUGUUUCAGUGUCGAGUCAAAAGCGAUGUGCCUCCUCAUGUUCAGUGGUUAAAGAAAAUUAAUGAAGAAGAUCCAGAGAACAAUGAAGAGAAUAAGAAUAUAAUAAAUGUACAGAAUGAAUAUUUUCGAGUGUUAAAGUCUACAGAAGUAAUGGAAAGACCAGAUGGUUCAUUUCUCAACAAGCUGCUGAUUGUAGAUGCUAAGGAACAAGAUUCUGGAAAAUAUAUAUGUUUGGGAGCUAAUACUAUUGGAUACAGUUUUCGCAGUGCCUUUCUCACCGUCCUUUCUAAACCACAAGAUCAUCACAUCCCUACAACAGUGACCACGCUUCCAUUUCCCAUCAUCAUAGCUGUGAUUGUCGUUAGCGCUGUGGUCCUGGCUGCAGUAGUAGCUCUUUUGAUCCACUGCAGAAAACGCAGACAGGUAGUCCAACGCCCACGUCCUGCACCCACGUCCAAAGCACGCAUAACCAUGGAGACGAAGCAUGCCUAUUUGGGUAUGGCAUAUAACCCAGAGAUGGUGACACUUAAAACUAGCAAUGGGCUACCAGCAACUACAAGACUGUACAUUCCUUCUAACACGAGUUCGUCACCGGGUCCUCCUGGUUCUCUCUGUCUUUGAUGUGUUUUUUUUUCUUUAUUUUGAACGUGUCCUAUUUAUUGAUGAGUGAGAAAGUUUUGUGUUUUUUUAAGUCGUCCACGUACUACAUGGUUACAAGUGUUUGAAAGUUUAACCUGUAUGUUUAAACAUAAAAAAAAUAAAGAAUUUUGUGGAAAAAAAGCAAAAUAACAACACGAUAAGACAGACAGACGCACAGCUUGAGAAGUUUUGCAGAUAUCUUUUGACAAACGAGGAAUAACAACAUAGUCCUAGAUUUGGAACUUGCUCAACUAUGUUAUGUUGUUCGUGUUAUCUUCCAUCCAUCCAAUGUUUUCGUGUAGUAAAAUUAUUAAAAAAAGAAAGGAGUCACGUUUGAGAAUAUCAAAUGUUGGUAAAUUCGGAACUGUAAAACGAUUUUUGUGAAAUCGAUGUCGAUCCUGAGAUCUGUUCUCGAAUGUCCAUCAUCCCGUGUUUAUUAUUUGUCAAAAUAUCAGAGAAUAAAAUUUAAUAUCCUA